UCCCUCCGACCACCUUUGUCACAUUUUCCACUGCCCAUGUCCCUUAGAACAUGGAGCAAAUUAUGCCAUCAUUAUUACCCUCUCUCUCAUCUCAAACACCUCAAUAAAAACCCCUUCACUCAACAUAACUCACUCCCCUUACUUCUUCAACCAAUCAUCCUAAGAGAUGAGAAAAACACAACAACAACAUAAAAGUAAACAAAUAAAACCACUUCAAUCAUUGUUCUAGAAUCCAAUCCAAUCCAAUUCAUCAUCCAUUAUCCAUUAUCCAACCAAAUCAAAAACCAUCCAAUUUUUUUACUAUACUUUGUCUUCCAAAGUCAUAACUCAAAACCCCUUUUCAUUUUCUAACAAAAAAAGCUCUCUUUCAUCAUAAAAAUCUUUCCUUUAAUCAUGGAAAUUGAGUCGGCAAAGUGUGAAUGUUGUGGCUUGAAAGAAGAUUGCACACAAGACUACAUAACCGAUGUGAAAUCCAAAUUUAAUGGAAAAUGGCUAUGUGGAUUAUGUUCAGAAGCUGUGAGAGAUGAAGUAAUGAUUGGAGGAAAAAAACCAUGGAACAUGGAUGAAGCUGUGAAAGCUCACAUGUCAUUUUGCAGAAAAUUCAAAUCUAACCCUGCUGUUAGAGUAGCAGAAGGUAUGAGACAGAUGCUAAGAAGAAGAUCAUCCAAUGAUUCAUCAUCAUCAUCAUCUUCAUCAACAACAUCUUCAUCUUCUUCAAAGAAGUAUUCAAGAUCAACAAGCACUUCUCAAGUUGGAGAUUCUUCUACUUUCUCUUUCUAUUGAUGAUGAUCAAAAACCAAAAACAGAGAUACUCUGUUUCCUCUGUUUUUUGGUUAGAAUAAAAUGUUUUUUUUCUUUCUUUGUUUUUGUCAUGUACAAAGUUGUAAUUUCAGGUAUUUUCUUUGUUUUUACCAACUGAUUCCUACUAGUUUGGUAUUCCUAAUAUCUUUGUCA